GUCGACACAAUGAGUUUUACCGACAAAGUGGCAAUAGUGACAGGAGCGAGCGCAGGUCUCGGAGCCGCCGCGGCGUUGGCUCUUGCGAAAGAAGGCGCUAAAGUUGCCAUUGUAGCCCGAAACGGAGACAAACUCAACCAGGUCGCUAAACAAUGUGAAGAAAACGGCCCCAAACCCCUCAUCAUCAUAGCAGACGUCAGCAGAGACGAAGAAGCUAAAAAUAUCGUUAAAAAAACAGUCGAAACCUUCGGACAGUUGGACAUCCUAAUCAACAACGCAGGAGUAGUCGGCCUUUCCUCCAUGCUGGACGAAGAAAUCAUCAAUUAUUUUGACCUAGUUGUCAAUACAAAUCUACGCGCUACUGUCCAUUUGACGUGUCUUUCCGCUCCUCAUCUUAUUAAGACGAAGGGUAACGUGAUCAACAUAUCUAGUGUAGCUGGGGUAAGGGUUCCAGGGAAGAACUACAUGUGUUAUGCUGUAUCGAAAGCUGGAGUGGAUCAUUUCACCAGAUGUGCUGCUUUAGACUUGUCUCAGUAUGGAGUGAGGGUCAACAGUAUCAAUCCAGGACCAGUGAACACGGACAUCGUUGUGAACGCAGGUGCACCAAACCCUGAUAAAAUCUGGGAAACAUUCAAAGGCAAUACAGCGCUGAAGAAGAUAUCUGAACCUGAAGAAGUCGCUGAUUUGGUCCUGUUUUUAGCCAGCGAUAAAGCGAGGAGCAUAACUGGCUCAUCUAUUGUAAUUGACAAUGGUUUGCUCGUGGCCAAGUAGUGGUAGUAGUAUGCUGCGGGUUUAUUACAUGCGAUGAUCAAUAGAAAUAGAAUAGCAAAAAAUA